AUGGCCCGGCCACCACCCCACACACCGGACCCCGCAGACCCUGCAGACCCCGCGGACCCCGCAGACCCCGGCCCGGGCUCCGGCCGCACCUGCCGGACCUGCCAGCGCUGCAGACGCACACAAUCGAGCGCCGAGGGGGGGGGCCGCGCGGCGGUUCGAGGAGCGGGGCCGGACGAGGACAAAAUGAGCGGCGGCGGCGGCGGCGGUGGCGGCGGCGGCGGCAGCGACCCCACCCUCUUGGCUGGAAUCCUAUACUACUGUCAGGAAGGUUACUUCCGCCACGUGCAGAAUGCAGCUGUUGAGGGGCUGGAGAAAUCCCCCAACGAUGCGGUACUGCAGUUUUUCAAAGCCUAUGGUCUGCUGCGUGAGGAGAGGAUCAGGGACGCCAUCGGUGAGCUGGAGAACAUCCGGAAUCGCCCUGAAGUCUCCCUCUGCUCCAUCAUGGCCCUCAUCCACGCACACAAGCGCUGUGAAACCGUGGACCGGGAAGCUGUUCUGGACCUGGAGCGGGAACUGAAAGAAACCCGCAAGGCGACGGGUGAGAAGGGGCUGUACUAUGCCGCGCUGUUCCUGUGGCUGAUGGGUCGCCACGACAGGGCGAAGGAGUGCGCCGACCGUGUGCUGAAACUCUCCAAGGGCUCCAGAGAGGGCUACGUCCUCCGAGGCUGGCUGGAGCUGUGCCCCGACCAGCCGGCCACCGGGAAGAAAGCCAUCAAGCUCCUGGACCAGGGUGUGCAAGAUGCCAAGGACGCAUUCGGGCUGAUGGGGAAGGUCAGCUAUUUCAUGCUGCAGCAGAACUACGCUGGGGCUCUGGAAGUCAUUAACCAGCUGACCGCCUCCUUCUCGCACUUCAUUCCCGCUUUGGUGCUCAGAAUGAAGCUGUUCGUGGCCCAGCAGGACUGGGAGCAAGCGGUGGAGACGGGGCACCGGAUCCUAGAGAAAGAUCUGAGCAACCUCGACGCCAGGCAGCUCCUCGCGGUGCACGCGCUGGCCAGGGAAGGCAGCGGGUCCUCGGCCAUUGAUCACGUCAGGAAUCUGAUCAAGGUCCUGGAGACCAGAGAGCCCCAGAACCCAAACCUUUACUUGAAAAAAAUCCUCGUCGUGAGCAGAUUGAGCGGGAGGCGCCCCAUGAUCCUGCAGCACAUCUCGGGGUUCAUGGAACGCACGUUCUUAAUGGCCCCAUCGGAGGCCCUGUUUGCCACGGAGCUGGCCAACCAGCUGCUGAUCCAGGGCAAGGUGAAAGAGGCCACUCUGUGGUACACGGAAGCCAUGAAGCUGGAUAAGAGCAGCAUGGCCGCACUGACCGGGAUCAUCAGGUGCCAGGUCCUGGAGGGACGGCUGGAGGAGGCCGAGCAGCAGCUGGAGUUCCUGCAGGAGGUGCAGCAGUCCUCGGGGAAAUGCAAGGUCCUCCUGUACCUCCAGGCUGUCCUGGCAUCCCGGGGGCAGAAAAGCGAUCAGUCAGCCACCACGCUUCUGGAGGAGGCGGCCGAGCUGCACUUCUCAUUCCUGCGUGGGAUCCCUCAUGGCAUGGAAUACCUGGAGAGGCUCAACCCCCUCUUCCUGGCAGACCUGGUGAAGGAACUCUUGGUCUUCUGCCCCAAGCAGCCACGGCCGCCUGGCCAGAUCCUAUCUCCCCUACUCAAACAAGCGGCCCUGAUCCUCAGUCCGGUCAUCCAGGUGGCUCCCGCGCUGCUCGAGCCACUCUACCUCAUGGCGCAAGUGAACUACCUGUCCGGAGAGCUGGACACAGCUCAGAGCACGCUGCAGCGCUGCAUAGACAUGGACCUCACUUCACCAGAUGCCCACCUGCUCAUGGCCCAGGUCUACCUGGCCCAGGGCAACUCCAAAAUGUGCUCCCACUCACUGGAGCUGGGGGUCAGCCACAACUUCCAGGUCCGAGACCAACCCCUUUACCACUUGAUCAAAGCCAGAGCCUUGAACCAGAAGGGAGACUACCCUGAGGCCAUCAAGACACUGAAGAUGGCUUUGAAGCUGCCCGGGCUGAAGAAGGGUGAAGGCCGGAAAGCGCACAGGACAGCCAUGCCGCCGAGCGAGCGGGUGUCCGUCCUCCUGGAGCUGGUCGAGGCACUGAGGCUGAACGGGGAAUUGCACGAGGCCACCAAGGUGAUGCAGGACACCAUUAAUGAGUUCAGUGGGACCCCAGAGGAGAUCCGCGUCACCAUCGCCAACGUGGACCUGGCACUGAGCAAGGGUCAGGUGGACUUGGCUGUCAGCAUGCUUCGGGGUGUCACGCCGGACCAGCCCUGCUACACCGAGGCCAAGGAGAAGAUGGCCCGCAUCUACCUGCACACCCGCAAGGACCCGCGGCUCUUCAUUGGCUGCUACCGUGACCUGUGCGACCACCUGCCUGGGCCCCACAGCAGCCUGCUCCUGGGAGACGCCUUCAUGACCAUCCAGGAGCCGGAGAAAGCCCUGGAGGUGUACGACCAAGCUUACCGGAAAAAUCCUCACGACGCAUCUGUGAUCAGCCGCAUCGGGCAAGCCUACGUCAAGACACACCAGUACAGCAAGGCCGUCAGCUACUACGAGGUGGCGCAGAAGAUGAGUGGGCAGGAGUCGCUGCGCUGGGACCUGGCCCACCUGCUCCUGAAACUUCGAAAGUUCUCCAAGGCGGAGAAGGUGCUCCAACAAGCCCUGGAGCAUGACUCUGUGAAUGACGUUCCUUCCAUGAUGAACGACGUCAAGUGCCUGCUUCUUCUGGCUCAAGUCUACAAGGGCAACAAGAACGAAUUGGUGCUGGAGACUUUGGACAAGGCCCUGGACCUGCAGACCCGAGUGCUGAAGCGGCUCCCGCUGGAGCAGGCGGAAAUGAUCCCGGCCCAGAAGCGGCGGGCGGCGGAGCUCUGGGGCCUGGCCGGGGAGCAGCUGGUCGCCCGGGGUGACCUCGACAAGGCCGCGCUGCGCUUCCGAGAGGCGCUGGCGCUGUGCCCGGGGGACCGCCAAGUGACGCUGCAGCAGGCGCAGCUGUUCCUGCUGCAGGGAGAGCUGGACGCCUGCGAGCACCAGUGCUCCGCGCUCCUACAGGCGGACCACGACAACGGCGCCGCCGCCGUGCUGCUGGCGGACCUCAUGUUCCGGAAGCAGAAAUAUUCGGCCGCCGUCAGCCUGUACCGCCGGGUCCUGGAGCGAGAACCUGACAAGUUCUGCGUGCUCAACAAGUUGAUCGACCUGCUGAGACGGAGCGGGAAACUGGAUGAGGCCCCAGCCUUCUUUGAGCUGGUUGAGAGAGCUUCCAGCCGCCUGUCCCUGGAGCCCGGCUACAACUACUGCAAAGGCGUCUACUACUGGCGCGUCGGCCGCCCGAACGAGGCCCUGCGCUCCCUGAACAAGGCGCGAAGGGACGGCUCCUGGGGCCUCGACGCCACCUCCUUCAUGGUCCAGAUCUGCCUCAAUCCGGACAACGAGGUUGUGGGCGGGGAGGUGUUUGAGAAGAUGGGCGGGGAAGCCAGCUGCUUGGUGGAGGAGUCCCUGCAGCUUGGAGUGCGGACGGCGGAGCGGCUGCUGCGGGAGUUUUGCCCGCAGACCGAGGACGAACACACCCAGCUGAAAAUGCUGCAAGGAGCCUGCCUGCUGGUGUCCCGGGAUAAGUCCAGCCUGGAGCAGGCGCUCAGUACCUUUAUUCAGGUGGCCCAGGCCGAGAAGGACAGCGCCUCCGCCAUCUUGGCUGUGGCCCAGGCCUACAUGAUCCUGAAGCAAGUGCCCAAGGCCCGCACGCAGCUCAAGCGCCUAGCCAAGGUGCCCUGGAACCUGCGGGAUGCCGAGUCCCUGGAGCAGGCGUGGAUUCUGCUGGCUGAUGUCUGCUGCCGCGGGGGCAAGUUCGAUGUGGCCAGCGAGCUGCUGCGCCGCUGCCUGCAGUACAACCAGUCCUGCAGCAAAGCCUACGAAUAUCUGGGCUUCGUCAUGGAGAAGGAGCAGGCGUACAAGGAUGCAGCCGUGAACUACGAACUCGCCUGGAAAUACAGCAACAAGGCCAACCCCGUCAUCGGUUUCAAGCUCGCGUUCAACUACCUGAAGGACAGGCGCUACGUGGAAGCCAUAGAAGUGUGUCACAAGGUGCUGAGCGAGAUCCCCCACUACCCCCGGAUAAAGGAAGAAAUUCUAGAGAAGGCACAGGGAGCCCUAAAACCCUAGCAGGAAGGACCUGGCCGCGGCGGCGCGGCGGGACUUCAGGCCCAAUAAAGUCCCAUGGCCCAACCGCGUUUA